CAGAUAGAGUGCUGAUAAUAUUUAAAAGAAAAUCCUUUCUCUCUCUCUCUCUCCUCUCUUUCUUUUUUAAAGACACUCUCCCUAUCUCCUGUAUUAUAGAUAAUGAUUAAACUGUUCUCACUGAAGCAGCAGGCAAAAGAUGGCACCACUCCUCACCAGUCAUCACUCAAAACUUCAGCUGCUUUUCUAAGAGUACAAAAAGAUUUAGCUGAAUUAAAUCUUCCAAAGACUUGUCAGAUGGACUUCCCUGAUCCAAACGAUCUCCUUAACUUCAAAUUAGUUAUCAGCCCAGACGAGGGUUUUUACAGGAACGGUCGCUUUGUAUUUAGCUUUAAGAUUUUACAAGCAUACCCACACGAACCACCAAAAGUGAAAUGUGAGACACAGGUAUAUCAUCCUAAUAUUGACCUGGAGGGAAACGUGUGUCUUAAUAUUUUAAGAGAAGACUGGAAACCAGUUUUAACAGUUAAUUCAAUCAUAUAUGGACUACAGUUCCUUUUCCUGGAACCUAAUCCAGAUGAUCCUCUCAAUAAAGAUGCAGCUGAAGUUCUGAGACAAAAUCGUAGACUAUUUGAACAGAAUGUAUCAAAAUCGAUGAGAGGAGGCUACGUAGGAUCUGUGUAUUUUGAGCGCUGUUUAAAAUGAGGCUCUUCAGUUCUUUCUAAUCUUAUAUCGCUCUCUCAGUCUCUCACCGAGUCUUCUCACACACAAUAAUAAUAAUACUUUGUUUUUUUAAUAAAUGAAAAUAAUGAUCAUGAUACUAAUAUCACUAGUUUGCUUGAGUUAACAAAAAUUA